GUUUUGGGUUAUGUGAAAAAUUGAAUUUUGUUUUUCCCAUUACUGUCAAAAAGAACAGAAAGUACCCCCGAAACCACAUUUCUUCGUUUACCUGUUUACUCGAUUUCUAGCACUGAAAGUUGUACGGAGAAGCUUUUCCCUGCCGAACCCAGAGACCGGAGACCGGAGGCCGGAAGCCCUAGCUUUCGAUUUUAGCGUUAUCGUCUUCCCAGUAGCUUUAAAUAUUGAAUACGUGACAUUUUUUCCUCGGUGUGUACCUUGUAGAUGCUUGCAAUGAUAUGGACACCAAGAGGCAUGACAAGCACUUGAGAUCAGAAACUGUUAGUACCACCGAAAAUUCUGAAGUCAAUAAACUGUCCUUUGUAGGGGAAACUGAAAAUAGUGGCAAUAUUGAAUUUUCCCGUCCAUCAGGUAAGCCAUUGGAAAAAAAGGAGGAACAAUCACAUGGAGAGUGCACAAAAGUUGAAUCACCGAAGUGUCUGAAGGAUAAGGGGACAGAAGAUCAAGAACAUACUGUUGGUGAUAAGGAUGUAGAGGCUUUGAGAAAUAAAGAUUUUGGUGGCUCGAAUUAUAAUAAAGUUCCAUUAUGCGAUAGUGAGGUUAUGGUUGCUACAGCUACCAAUGGAUCAAGUGCCACCUUAGAGGAUUCUGACAUUGGAUCAAAAAAUCACUCGGCUGGACGGAGUAUUGGUAGUAAGAAUCCUGAGAUAGAAAGUGAGCAAGCGGGCAUGCAACUAGAGAAUGGAGAAAACCAAAUGGCACCAAGAUCAGCUGCUUCUAAAAAGAGGUCAAGAAGUUUGUCCCCCGUUGCUGAUGUUAAUGGUGAAGAAAAACAUCCUGCUGCAGCUAUCUGUGACUUCUAUGCUAAAGGAUGGUGCAUAAAAGGUAGCUCUUGCAGCUUUCUGCAUAUAAAAAAUAAUGCAUUUGAUAGUGACCAGCAUUCUGAGGAACGUGCUGGUGUUGCAUGCUUGAAAAAACAUGCUCAGCUCAAUGAAGGUUUGCAAUACAAUGCAGAUGUGUUGAAAUCACCAGUCAUUCGUCAUCCACCAAAUUCUUCUCUUCUAAAGGACUCUUCACUUUCUCUGAAAUUUGGUCUUUCUUCAGAAAUACCGAGGGACUUCUCCCAAAGCCAAGGAUGGGAUGGGUUGCAUGAGAUAAACAAAAUUUUAUUGCAUCAGAGGGAGGAUUCACUUUUGAGUGCACUUCCUGACUGCCAGAAAUUGCCUUCUACUAAUUUUGGUGCAUCAUUUCCCAUUAGUAGAGGACUUUCUGCAUCGAGGCAUGAGUUGCCUCCUGAGUUUGGACUCUCUUCAGAUGGCUUCACCCAAUUGGGUGUCAUGGAGGAACCCGCUAAUGUUGCAUGCCCACGUUUGCUGAACGAUCACCUUUCUCCAGUUCGGAGAACUUCUCUGAAUUCAAAUCCCACUCUUCCAACGGAUGCUAUUUUAGCUUCUCGUUUCACUACCUCUAAUGCUUCUUUGUUUCCUUUUACAUCUUCCUCAAGUGCAAGCCUCCUUGGUGCUCAUAAGAUGUCCAUUAUUGACAGAGAACAUCAUGUUUCUACACCAGCCUCCUCGUUGAUGAGAAGUUCCCCCUUUUCUGCCUCUGGAUCAGAUAAUUCAUUCACUCAUGUGCCAAAGAAUCCUUCAGAAUACAAAACGAAAUAUUCGUUGGACGAUUGGGAACCGUCUGUACCUUUUAGACCAUCAUUUUUCAUUCCUUCAAUAACUACGGCGAGCCAGUACGAUCCUUUCUUGGAUAGCAUGGAUGUACCGAGAAUAGUGGGUGGUUCUUAUAAUGUUACUCUUGAUCGUCAAGGACACAAAGAAGCAUCACCUCUUAGUACUUUACAGAGGGCAUCGGGUAAUUUUGUGGUUCCUGGGAGCUCAAAGCCAGAAUUUAAUGAUGAUACAAGUUCCUUAUCCUCUCACAAUAAAGCUGCGGAUAAGAAUGAAAAGGUUGGCCAUCUACAAGGCAAAGAUUCAAUUUUGUUGGAACCAGAAAUACGAGGACGUUUUGGUAUUGAUGGCCGUAAUGGUUCUAGGACUAGAGAGGAUGAUCACAUAGGCCUCACUCGUGAAAAAGAUGUUAACAAAAAGAAGAAAAUGGGUACCGGUGGUGAACUAAAGCUUCCAAAUAUUUCAUUACAUGAAAAGGACUCUGAAGCAGAUAGUGAUAGGCAACUUGGUGAUAUGGAUGGUAAGCAUCUCUUGGAUGGAAAUGCUCCCAAAGAAUCAAAAGCAACUAGGCACUUCCGUUCUGCUCUCAUAGAAUUGGUGAAAGAAAUAUUGAAACCUAAGUGGCGUGAGGGUCAUCUAAAAAAGGAUGUGCAUAACACUGUUGUUAAGAAAACAUUUGAUAAGGUUCUUGGUGCUCUACAAUCUCACCAAGUUCCAACUACAGCGGAAUCAGUUAAGCAGUAUCUUUCUUCAUCUCGUCCGAAGAUCGAGAAGCUUGUUGAGGGUUAUGUUAGUAAAUAUGGAAAAUCUUGAGAUGGCAGGCUAGCACAUUUUUUCUUUGGGUAAGUUUUCUAAGGAUUCUACAAUUUAGAAGCCUUGAAGAGUUUGUCGGAGGUUGUUUUGCAAUCUUGAUUAUUGGAAACAACUUGAAACUAGUUAUGAUGGUCGUUAUUCAACACAUUGUGAUAUUUACCUUUCAUAAACAUCUGUUCUCCA